GACUCCAUUUUGUUACUGUUGUUAGUGGUGUAAGCGUGUGGUUGUGUAUCUUCUUAGAACACACAACCCACCUAAAAAAAAGCUAAAUAAUAUUUACAAAAAUCCAAAAAAAUUAUAAAAACACAUUAAAAACCCCAAAAAAAUCGAAAAACAGUGGAAAAAAACGAAAAUAAACGGUUAAUGUAUAUUUUUCGUUUCUUAUGUUAACGCGUAGCAUAUCUGUGUAGUGUGCAAAAACGAAGAUGAAUCCGGGUGCUCCAAACUACCCCAUGGCGUCUUUGUACGUCGGGGAUCUCCACACCGAUAUCACGGAAGCAAUGCUUUUUGAGAAGUUUUCCACUGCUGGACCAGUCCUUUCCAUUCGUGUGUGCAGAGAUUUGAUAACGAGGCGUUCUCUGGGUUACGCUUAUGUGAAUUUCCAGCAACCCGCUGAUGCUGAACGUGCUUUGGACACCAUGAAUUUUGAUUUGAUCAAGGGCCGCCCUAUUCGCAUUAUGUGGUCCCAGCGAGACCCAUCCCUUCGUAAGUCGGGAGUAGGAAAUGUUUUCAUCAAGAAUCUAGAUCGUUCUAUUGACAACAAGGCUAUGUACGAUACGUUCUCAGCCUUUGGAAACAUUCUUAGUUGCAAAGUAGCUCAAGACGAAAAUGGUACCAGCAAAGGCUACGGCUUCGUCCAUUUUGAAACAGAAGAAGCGGCUAAUAAGUCAAUCGAAAAAGUAAACGGCAUGUUGCUCAACGGAAAGAAAGUCUACGUUGGCCGUUUUAUUCCACGUAAAGAACGUGAAAAGGAACUAGGCGAAAAAGCUAAACUUUUCACCAACGUUUACGUCAAGAAUUUCGGCGAAGACUUGACUGAAGAACAACUGCGCAAUAUGUUUGAAAAGUACGGAAAAAUCACCAGUUACAAGAUUAUGAGCAAGGAUGAUGGCAAGUCAAAAGGAUUUGGAUUUGUCGCUUUUGAAAGUCCUGAAGCCGCUGAAACAGCCGUUGAAGCUUUAAAUGGUAAAGAAAUCAUAGAAGGAAAACCUUUGUACGUUGGACGCGCCCAAAAGAAGGCUGAACGUCAACAAGAGUUGAAACGUCGCUUUGAAGCCUUGAAAAUGGAGCGUUUGAACCGCUACCAAGGUGUAAACCUUUAUGUGAAAAACCUCGACGACACUAUUGACGAUGAACGUUUACGUAAAGAAUUCUCUCCGUUUGGAACCAUAACAUCCGCAAAAGUAAUGAUGGAGGACAAUAGGAGCAAAGGCUUUGGCUUCGUUUGUUUUUCGUCGCCGGAAGAGGCCACAAAGGCCGUAACUGAGAUGAACGGUCGGAUCGUAGGUUCAAAGCCUUUAUAUGUGGCCUUAGCGCAACGCAAGGAAGAUCGUAAAGCCCACUUGACUUCACAAUACAUGCAACGUAUGGCGAACAUACGCAUGCACCAAAUGGGUCAGUUUAUUCAGCCAGGAACGUCAAGUGGAUACUUUGUUCCAACGAUCCCAGCCCCGCAAAGGUUCUAUGGGGCGGCCCAAAUGGCCCAGAUCCGCACGAACCCACGAUGGCCGGCACAGACCCCCGUGAGGCCCGGCGCCCAGGGCAGUGCUAACCCAUACGGUACCAUUCCAACGACGUACCGAGCCGCGCCCAGGCCCCCGAACCAGUCAGCCGCUUUAAGAAGCAAUAUCAAUGUGCCAAGACCAAUAACCGGCCAGCAGCCACCGAAUAUACAAGGACGACCAUUAGCUAGCCAAGCCGUUGUAGCACCAGCAGGUAAUCGCCCAACUACUUACAAGUAUACAGCAAAUAUGCGUAAUCCUCCACAAGGUUUAGGCAUCAGCAAUGCUGCACCGGUCCAGCAAGCUGUCCACAUUCAAGGCCAGGAGCCUUUGACAGCCACCAUGUUGGCAGCUGCCCCGCCACAAGAGCAAAAGCAAAUGCUGGGUGAGAGGCUCUUCCCACUUAUUCAACGCAUGUAUCCAGACUUGGCCGGAAAAAUCACCGGUAUGUUGCUCGAAAUUGACAAUUCGGAACUUUUGCAUAUGUUGGAACAUAAUGAAUCCCUCAAAGCCAAGGUGGAAGAAGCCGUUGCUGUCUUACAGGCCCAUCAAGCCAAACAGGCUGCUAUUAAAAAAGAGUAAACGUUCGCUCUCACAGAUUAAAUAUAAUAAAAUGAAAAAAAUUGCAAACAUGUCUUACGACAAAAAAAUAUAUAUAAAAAUCGAAACAUCAUAAUAAAUGAAACUUAUUAUUCGUUCGUGAUUUUUGCUUGUUUGCAAUUUUCACUAUCUUAGUUAAAUAGAUUAAUUUGUUUGGUUUUUAGUUUGUUUUGGCAAUUAUUCAAUAUCCCAUUAAUUGAUGUAUGCAAAUUUAGUAAAUUUGUAAUAUAAAGUUGUACAUUUCA